AUGUUGAACGUUCACAUUGUGUCGCAGCGCCUCCUCGUUGGCAAGGAUCUGGAGCAAGUUCGUGCUGCAGGUUGGCUUCCAGGAUUGGAGGGACCAGCCUUUUUGCGCUUGCACAGCCGUUGGCAGGGGACGUCAGAAGAUGCAAAAAAGACGCAUCGGGUACUGGAGCAUGAUGCUGUUCCUGCAUUGCGAAUUUGGCAGUUUGACGAUCACACGGCGCUGGCUGGGGAGGCGAAGACUAUGCUUACCAGGUUUGGUCAUGCGAUGAAAGUUCGUGUCCGCUUUCUUGGGAAUUCCUUCCCUGGUAAUGUUUGCCGAAACUACGACUUGUGCGCGCAACCGGAGGACAAGGAGCUCCUGCAGGGACUUCUGCGACGCUACUACAAAGACAAGCAGGCAUUCGCUACCGUUGCAGCUGCUUUCGAAGAAGCUCUGGGGCAAAGGCUCUCGCGAGAGGCCGACGUGCUUAUGUGCUCGCAACCGUUGGGUUGGUGUCGCUUCCUGAUCAACCUGCGCAUGCCGAUGCUUCUCUACGCUGGGCUGCCGGUGAUGUGGGAUGUGCCUGAAGCCGAUCGUACUGGCUGGGCGGCAGACUUUGCAGACAUCUUGAUGAGCCAAGAACAUGUGGUCAUAGCGAACAGUGUGUUCGUUGCGAGAGAGGUCCAGUGGCAGUUUGGAGUGCGGGUGCCGACGUUGAGACCACUGGGCUUGCACACAAAUGCGAUGCACGUGCCUGUGUUGAAUGCCUCUGUCUUGGUGAGCCGCUUUGGAACCAGCGGAGGGCUUUCGGAGUGUUUGUUGGAGAAGUUCGCGGCGGUCAACAGGCAUUGGUUUCCCCUCCAUUUUGUGCAGAUGGAGUCCUUGCUCUUUGCAGAGCACCUGGCCCAUCUUUUUGCCGAUGACGUGCCGGAGAGUCAGAAGAAAGCCCUCUUGAAACAGCUGAACGCGAUCGAUGGCAGUCUGCCGGGUGGCGGACUGAAGGGCUACCUGGACCGUGGGCGUUCCCUGCUCCAAGAGGCCCAAGCCGGAGUGAACCCCUUUGCCGGGCUCGUGCCUUCGGUGCCGGAGGGGCAGCAGCUCUUCGGCGAGACGGGCCCUGGCAGCCCCACAUUUGCUGCUGCAGAGGAGCUGGGCAUGGCAGAGUUGUCGAAGUGCUGCUUUUGCCUCGUGGCCGGCGGCCUUGGCGAGCGCUUGGGCUUCCCUGGCAUAAAGAUCGGCAUCGUGACGGAAGUCAUCACGGGGACCACGUUCAUCGAGCUGUUUUGCUCGUACAUCCUAGCAUGUCAAUCUUAUGCGCGCACCGACACUGGUGAUUCUGGCCUGCUGCUGCCACUCGCCAUCAUGACAUCGGGCGACACGCAUGACAAAACCGUUCACAUGAUGAGAGAAAACGCUUUCUUUGGGAUGGUGGAGGAGCAGGUGCAUUUUCUGAAGCAGGAAAAGGUACCUGCACUUGUGGACGUUGACGCCCACAUUUCUGCCAAGGACGGUUGUAUCGAAACAAAGCCGCAUGGUCAUGGUGACAUUCAUGGGCUCAUGCAUCAACGGGGCCUCGCCAAUCGCUGGGUGGAAGAGGGCCGGCGCUGGUUCUUCGUAUUUCAGGACACAAAUCCAUUGCACUUCCGUAUCCUUUGCGCUUUGCUUGGUGUCUCUGCGAAGAACGGCUACGUCAUGAAUUCCGUGGCCAUUCCCAGGAUACCCGGCGAAUCCAUUGGUGGCAUCUGCAGGCUCACGAGUCCUUCGGGCACCGCCAUGACCCUGAAUGUUGAGUACAACCAACUCGAACCGCUGCUGAAAGAGACUUCGGCUGGUGGCGAUAUACCGGAUGACUCGGGAUACUCACCGUAUCCAGGGAAUAUAAAUGUGCUGCUCUUCCACUUGCCCAGGUAUUCUGAGUGCCUAGACGGCAGCGGCGGCAUCGUACCAGAGUUCAUCAACCCGAAGUGGGCGGACCCUGCCAAGACUCGGUUCAAAUCGUCGUCGCGCCUCGAAUGUAUGAUGCAGGAUUUCCCGCGACUCUGCGGACCAGGUGACAAGGUCGGAGUCACGCAAGUGGAGCGUUGGAUUUCAAAGACAUCUGUCAAGAACAACCUGGCGGAUGCUGUAAAGAAGAAUCCGCCGGAAUGCGCGCUGACGUGCGAGGCGGACUUGUACUCAUGCAAUGUGCGGCUGCUGCAGCUUGCGGGUGCCGACAUCGAGGAACCAGAUGAGGUGUCCUUCCUGGGUAUACAUGCCAAAAUCGGAGCGAAGAUUGUGCUGAAGCCUUCUUUCGCGAUUUCUGUGGUGCAGCUUCAGAAGAAGCUGAAAGGAAGGAUUGCCAUCUCAAAAAGAUCCACUUUAGUCUUGGAGGGCGAUGUGGUGGUGGAUGGUCUGGAGCUGGAUGGGGCCCUACACCUUGCCGGCACGGGAUGCGCAAGAGGACUUCAGGUACAGAACCGGGGAGUCUCCAUCGUCGGCAUUCCAGACUCCGAGUUGGCGGACGCGAGCCCAUCCCAUCAGAUCCGCGGGUACAAGGCAGACAUCCUCGAAAUGACCAGCAGACAUCUUGAAGGAGAUGCAGGCUGA